CUUCAUUAACAAUGAAUGGCACAAAUCCCAAUCUGGAAAAACGUUUCCAACAGUCAAUCCUACUACAGAAGAGAUAAUAGCAGAGGUUCAGGAAGGGGAUGCUGCAGAUAUCAACGAAGCUGUAAAAGCUGCAAGACGAGCUUUCAAACUUGGUUCGCCAUGGAGAACGAUGGAUGCUUCAAAUAGGGGCCUUCUGCUAAAUCGUUUAGCAGAUUUAAUCGAACGAGAUCGGCGUUACUUAGCGUCUUUAGAGACUUUGGAUAAUGGAAAACCAUACUCUGCUGCUUUCGGUUUUGACGUACCAAGCAGUAUCUCUACUUUAAGAUAUUACGCUGGGUAUGCGGAUAAAAAUCACGGCAAAGUUAUUCCAAUGGAUGGGAAAUUUUUUGCCUACACGAGACAUGAGCCAGUAGGUGUAUGUGGACAAAUUAUACCCUGGAAUUUCCCUCUACUGAUGAUGGCUUGGAAAAUCGCUCCAGCUCUGGCGACUGGAAACUGUGUCAUCUUAAAACCAGCAGAACAAACUCCAUUGACUGCAUUAUACGUUGCACAGUUGACAAAAGAAGCCGGAUUUCCUGAUGGGGUCGUGAAUGUAGUUCCUGGAUUUGGCAGCGCUGGAGCAACCCUGGUUCAACAUCCAGACGUGGACAAAGUUGCGUUCACCGGCUCCACCGAAGUCGGGAAAUUGGUCAAGGCAGGUGCUGCUAUGAGCAACCUGAAGAGGACUACUCUUGAACUGGGCGGAAAAUCGCCGAAUAUCAUUCUAAAGGAUGCAGAUUUUGAUCAUGCGGUUGAAACUGCACACUUUGGCCUUUUUUUCAACAUGGUGAUUAAAAGAUUUGAUGAACAUAUAUAUUUAGGGGUAUCAACAAAAUGUAUUUUAUUUGAGUGGAAGAAGCCCUCUGAAAAGCUUCCCAUUUGUCAUUUUCCCAAAAAAUUGAAAAAAACUCCAGUUAGUUUUUCAAGAAUAGUAAACUUUUCUGGGGGUGCCCCCUCAAAUGAAAGAAACUUUUAUUUUGUUGAGCCAUCCCAGUAUAGAUUAGGGAAAUCAUGCAAGAAUAGGUCACUUUAUGAAAAUAAAAAAUUCGAUUUGAUAGCUUUCUGAUUUGUAAUAAAAGUUUGGAACUUAAUGAAAAAUAUUUCGGAAGAUAAAGGCUCUCCCGUAUUUUUAUUUAUAAUUAAUAAAGUACUUUUUGUAACGCGGUUGAUUUUUUUUAAAGUAGGCCAUGAAGAUGAAUCCGUUCUAAAAAUUGCUUAGUUAGGUUGGUAUCACUGAAUCGAAUCAAAAACGACAAUUGCCAAAAUGGUCAAAUCUGCAUUCCUGUCAGUUCAGUGAGUUUAAGUUUGCAAGAAUUGCAUCUCACUAACCUUUUGCACCCUCCGGGAGCCAAAAUUGUAGAUAAAUCGCGUUACCAUUAAAAAAUAUCUAUAUUAAGCGUUUUCACUUAAUCGCCAGGCAACUUCACUUCGUCGAGUUCUGAGAGGAAA